AGCCCAGGCCGGUGUAGUUCAACUCAUUGUAGGUUUUGUUGUUGUUGUUUUGUUUUUUUCGUUUUUUCUUUUUUUCCUACUGGCCAGCAUUUGAAAGCAAUGCGAAGGUGGAAGGGAGCCACAAUGCAAAAAUUACACAAAAAUCGGGGCGGGGCAAAGGAGCUACAGUUACGCAAGAGAAUUAGUUGCCAAAGUUUCGGCUCAAAGUUUGGAAGACCCGGUGCGUUUUUCUCACUCGGCAGGGGAGGAGGAAAUGCCCAGGGAGAAGGACAUUUUUAAACGUCUGUGAUUCUGCAAGAUGGGCAUCAUGGAGUUAUUCUCAUCAUUAGUCAUCGCCGUCCUGGGAAGCUGUGUUCUUUUCUUAUUCUUUCGAUUGAGGAAUUUGCGCGGACCCCCGUGCAUCCAGGGCUGGAUUCCCUGGUUCGGAGCAGGAUUUGAGUUUGGGAAAGCCCCUCUUGAAUUUAUAGAAAAAGCAAGAAUCAAGUAUGGACCAAUAUUUACCGUCUUUGCUAUGGGGAAACGAAUGACCUUUGUUACCGAAGAAGAAGGAAUCGAUGUGUUUCUAAAAUCGAAACAUGUAGAUUUUGAACUAGCUGUGCAAAAUCCUGUCUAUCACACCGCGCGGAUUCCAAAGAAUGUCUUUUUAACACUGCAUGAAAGACUGUAUGUCUUGAUGAAGGGCAAGAUGGGUACUUUCAGCAUGCAUCAGUUUAUUGGGCAGCUGACUGAGGAAAUUCAUGAGCAACUGGAAGAUUUAGGCACUCAUGGGACAAUGGACCUGGACAACUUUGUAAGGCAUCUCCUUUAUCCAGCCACGGUCAAUACUCUCUUUAAGAAAGGGUUGUUUCUCACAGACGAGAGGAAAAUCAAGGAGUUCUACCAGCAUUUUAAAACUUACGAUGACAGUUUUGAGUAUGGAUCCCAGCUGCCGGAAUGGCUCCUGAGAAACUGGUCAAAGUCCAAAAGAUGGCUCCUGGCGCUGUUUGAGAAAAAUAUUGAGGAAAUGAAAGCUCAGGAGUCUGCAGGUCAUUCUGGGACCCUGGUGCAGGCCAUACUGGAUAUUGUGGAAAUGGAAUCAUGUCAACACAGUCCUAACUAUGGACUCCUGAUACUUUGGGCUUCUCUGGCCAACGCUCCUCUUGUUGCGUUCUGGACACUCGGGUUUGUCCUGUCUCAUCCCGACAUCCACAGGACCAUUUUAGAAGGCAUAGCUUCCGUGUUUGGCACUGCAGGUAAAGAUAAGAUGAAAGUGUCGGACGGAGACUUGAAGAAGCUCCUUUUCAUUAAGUGGUGUGUUCUGGAAGCCAUCCGCCUGAGAGCCCCUGGUGUCAUUACUCGGAAAGUCGUGAAGCCAGUUAAAAUUCUGAGUCAUACAGUUCCUUCUGGUGAUCUGUUGAUGUUGUCUCCAUUCUGGCUACACAGAAAUCCAAAAUAUUUUCCUGAACCUGACUCAUUCAAACCUGAACGCUGGAAAGAGGCAAAUUUAGAUAAGAAUGCUUUCUUGGACGGCUUCGUGGCUUUUGGAAGCGGGAAGUUCCAGUGUCCUGGAAGGUGGUUUGCUCUGUUAGAGAUCCAAAUAUGCAUUAUCUUAGUGCUUUAUAAAUACGACUGCACUCUUCUGGACCCAUUACCAAAGCAGAGUUGUCUCCAUUUGGUGGGUGUCCCCCAGCCAGAAGGGAAAUGCCGAAUUGAAUAUAAACAAAGAACAUGAUGUCCAUUGGGGCUCAAGAGGGUCAGAACCUUCGAGAAGAAUGAAGUAACCCGGCUCCUGCCCUCCGAGCAUCUUGACCUGAAGACAUCCUAGUGGCACACGUGUUUCUUAUCUGAAGACCAUGCAUCCGAUCCCACUGUCAGGAACAUAGAAACCCCAAUUCAUGGUUUAGAGAAUGGGUUCAAAUGAUUGUUUAAAAGCUAAUUCUUUUUAAAAAGUUGGAAUUUGGCUUCAUAUAUGACCAUAUCAAAGCUUCAAGUAGAAAUGUCAUUUGAAUGGAAAUAUUGGUACAUUAAAUUCAUUGUGAAGGCAACAUUCUUAAAAUUCUAUUUUGUAAAAAAGAAGAAGAAGAAGAAGAAGAAGAAGAAGAAGAAGAAGAAGAAGAAGAAGAAGAAGAAGAAGAAGAAGAAAAAGAAAACUCUAAAGUUUUGGACACUGAAAAAAUUAAUGAUUUCUAGACAUUUUCUAUUUUUAAAAUGUGAUUCUUAACUAGAGGUUGGAAAUCUUAGGCUUAUUAAUGCCAAUCACUGCAGACAUGCCCAGUGCUGAGAAGUAUGGAGAAAACGGCAGAUUUGUGGCACUUGUAGGGACCGGUUCCUAUGCUGCACUCAUUCCUGCACGGGCAUCAUCUUCUCUGGAGGGGUAAUCACUACACAUCGAUUGAGGGAUUGAUUUGUACUUUAAUUAAGGGAGAAGCACUCUUUUGACUCAAAGUGUCUUCGAUGAUAGUUCAACAGAGAGAAUGCAUGGUCUUACUGCAUCUUGUUAGGCCAUGUUUGGUUGAUAUUCCUGGGAGGUCUGCUCUUUUCUGAAGGGAAAUGGAGGAACAGUGGAUCUGGGGCAGGGUGUUAUUGGGAGGGAAAACUUCAGUCUAGAUGUAUUGUAUGAG